AUGGCUGAGCAUCUAGCAAUAACUCUCAUUUUCUGUGCAUUACUGACUUUAUCUUACACUUUGACUUCUCAUUUUCUCUCACACUCAAAGGUGCUUCAUGAGAGCAUUCAGUUUUCUGAGAGAAGUUUCUUCUAUGUGAUACUGCCUCCUAUCAUAUUUGCUGCAGGCUACACUUUAAAGAGAAAGAAUUUUGUUAAGAACAUUGCCUAUAUCCUAACUCUAGGAGUGAUUGGUACCAUCAUAACUAUGAUUGUUCAAUCUACUAUACUGAUAUAUGCGAAUCAAAUGAUAUUCGGUCAAGAUGCUUUUAUUCAGCCUUUAGAACUAUUGCUUUUGACCUUGAUUAGUGAAGAUAAAUAUCAAACUCUGAAUUCAGUAUUAUUCGGGGAGGGUAUUGUUAAUGAUUCAGUUUCAAUACUGCUAUUUAGAGCAAUUAAUGAGCUCAUUAAAAAUUAGACUUUAAACAAUGAAGGAGCAAGUGAUAAGGGGGAUUCAAUAAUAUCGAGAGAGAACUUGAUUGAUAUGUCAUUUUAGUUUAUAUAGUUGUCGAUCUGCUCGCUAUUGCUAGGAAUAUCAGUUGGGCUGUUCACAUCUUUGAUUCUUAAACACAUGCCAAAUUUUCACAAUGAGCCUCACAAGGAGAUUAUCAUAAUACUUGUAUUCGCAUAUACUUCGUACUUGCUGUCAGAGCAUUUCGAACAAUCGGGUAUCAUUACUUUGUUUUGCUGUGGUUUUACGAUGUCUCAUUAUGCCUACCAUAAUGUGAGUCAAGAGUGCCAGGUAGCAUCCAAGAUUAUAGUCGAAACUGCAUCAUAAAUUGCUGAAUCAUUCUUAUUUGUAUACUUAGGCCUAAGUGCACUUUCCAUUCAAACUAAAUUUGUUUAUCCAAGUUUGAUUAUUGUAGUUUUGCUUGGUGUUGUUAUAGCUAGAUUCAUCUCAGUUAUCAUUCCAGUUUACUUUCUAAAUAUACUACAAAGGAUAAUGAAUAGGAAUUAAGAGAGGAAAAUAAAGAAUGGCCUGAAAUGGAAUGAAACCAUAUUGAUUUCGAUAGGAGGGAUUAUCAGAGGAGCUAUUGCUUUUGGAUUAGUGAUAUAAAUCAAUACAAAUAAUUCUGAGAUAUUGACAACAACCACUCAGAUUGUUGUGUUAUUGACUACUGUCAUACUAGGUUCUAGCAUGGGAUUGAUAGCUCAAAAGUUGGAUAUCAAGCCAGACAAUGAAAAUCUAGAGAAUAAGGAUUUGCUUGACCUACUAUUAGAUGAUUAGCAUAAGAAUGAUGAAGAAUACAAGGCAUCAGAAGAGCCGAGGAAAUAUCCUAAAUCUAUAUAAUGGUUUAAGGAAUUCGAUCACUAGUACAUGUUUCCUCUGUUUAAGAAGAGUUAGCAUCAUAAUUAAGAACCUACGAUAACUAAUAAAAUAUGA